AUGCCCGUACCGGGCACCGGCGGCAAGGAGGGCUCCAGCCAUGGAGCUGGGUUGGACGCCGUGCCUGGACUGGCCACCCUGCAGGACAGGAGUGCUGAGGUGCAGAGGCUCCAGAAGUCAUUGGCUGAGCUACAUGGGCGAGAGAUGGAGUGGGAGAGAGAGACAUCRGCCCUGCAGGGCCAGCUGGGCCMUGCCAGAGAGGAGCUCCACAGCGCCAUCCUCAGGCUUUGUGGUAGAGAAGAGGAGCUGAAGAGGCUGAGAGACGAGCAGCAUCAGCUCAAGGACAAGGUGAGGGAGAGCGAUGUGCAGGCUGUGUGGCUGCAGAGCCAGGCAGACGUGGUGGGUCGGGAGCUGUGGGAGGAGAGUGCCCAGCGGGACAGGGAGCUGUGGGAGUGGAGGGACCGCUACCAUGCUGUCUCAGAGGGACUGCGGCUGAGGGAGGCUGGGCUUGAGGAGGUGCAGAGGGCCAGGGACACGGCCCUCAAAAGCCUGAGACUACAGGAGGAGAAGACCCACAGUCUGGGGGCCCAGAGGCAGGAGCUGCAGCACAGCCUGGACGGCCUACAGGACAGGUGUGUUACGUUCCCUCCUGUCCGCAGCUUGCCAGAAGGAGGAGAUGGUCGUGGCUUCAGAGUGAGCUGCAGGACCAUGAAGAAGACGCCCGUGUUCUCCGCCAACAGCUGCUCUCCUCCAAAGAUGCACUGCAGCAAGUUACUGCCGAGCUGA